AUGUGGAGAAGAGAUCAUUAUCUUCAUCAUGGCACGAUUACCAAUAACCAACGAUCAUCUCCUCUUCCUUCAGAUCGCCUUCUCAAUCCACAUCAGAACAAUAGAAACACUACUACAUCUUGGCAGGGCUACUCCAACCAGUCUCAGUCCAAUACCCCUGUGAUGACUAAUAAUCUUUUGUUGAGAAAAAAGCCGUUCAGUCCACUAAGUGGCUGCAGCAGCAUUAGUGAAAUAUACGGUGGAAACGAAUUUGAUAUUUUUGGUAGCGAACAGAGCCAAGUUGAUAGCAUCAAUCAUGAUGUUUCACGUUGUCAAGAUAGGCUUAUUAUUUGUCUUGAAAAGAAAACCCCCACACAAGAACAGGUUCGUUACCAACUUCUGAAACGUAAGCGCAGUGUGUCUUCAGACCCACCCGUUAGGAGCGGUGGCGUUUUUCUUGAGCCUACCGCAUCAAUCAAUUCACCCGUCAACUUUUUCAAGCCAAACCCAAAACAAAAAGAUAACCUAGAGCACCAGUUUAUGUACCUCUAA